AUGCACGCGCUCCUCCAGGCGGCCGCGCUCGCGGCGGCGCUCGGUCUCGUGCUCCCCUUCAACGUGGACACGCGCCACCCGGUGAUCUUCGGCGGCCCGGCGGCCGACGCCGACGCCUACUUCGGCUACACGGUGGCGUUGGUGGCCGGCACCCAGCCCUGGGUGCUGGUGGGGGCGCCGCGCGCAAACUCGACGCUCGGCGUGCACCCCGAGGUGCGCGAGCCGGGCGCGCUGUUCCGGUGUCCGGCGCUGGCGGCCGGCCCCUGUCAGGAGGUCCUGGUGGAUGCGGACGGCAACGAGCCGGCACCGGACCGCUCCUACACCAGCCUGCGCGACGCCGGCUGGCUGGGCGGCUCGCUGGACGUGCAGAACGGUGCCGGCGGUCGGCUGGUGGUGUGCGCGCCGCGCUGGCGCAACCAGCGCUACGGCGGCCACCGGCUCGGCAACGGCGCCUGCUACGUGGGCAGCAACGAUGCGGUCGACGACAGCUUCGAGCGGCUGGUGCCGCUGGCCGCCAAGGACAAGCAGUACACGCACCUGGUGGGCAUCAACGCCUACCUGUAUUCGUACGGGCAGGCGGGCGUGUCGGCGCACCUGGCGCAGGACAGCGGUGCUCUGCUGCUCGGCGCGCCGGGUGUCUUCGACUGGACAGGAACGGUGGCGCGCUACAGCCCGGCCGGCGACCUGCUCGUGCCCGACCCGUCCGCCUUCCCGGACAGGAUGCGCCGCUACGACUACUUCGGCUACGCAGUGAGUUCGGGCCGCUUCCUGGCCGACGGCACGGCGGAGCUGGUGGGCGCGCCGCGCGCUGCCGCCGGCCGCGGCAGCGUCUACCUGCUGCGCCUGCCCGCUACUGAGGACCGGUCCUACGACGUCCUCUCCGAGCGCGUCGGCGACCAGCUGGGCGAGUACUUCGGCGCCGCCGUGCUGGCGGUCGACGUGAACGCGGACGGUCUCAGCGACGCGCUGGUCGGCGCGCCGCUGGCCAGUCCCGCCGGCGGGGGCGGCGACGAGGGCCGCGUGUACGUCUACAUCAACGACGGCGGCGGUCGGCUGGGCGAGCCGACCCGCCUGGAGGGCGGCGCCGUCGGCGGCCGGCUCGGCACCGCGCUGGCGCCGCUCGGCGACCUUGACCGCGACGGCUACGAGGACGUGGCCGUCGCGGCGCCGUACGAGGACGAGGGGCGCGGCGCUGUGUACGUGUUCCGGGGCGGCCCCGGCCGCUUCGCUGCCACGGCCUCCCAGCGGAUCGCCGCCCGCGACCUGGGUGACGCGCUGCGGGGCUUCGGCGUCAGCGUCUCCCGCGGGGUCGACAUCGACGGCAACUCUCACCCGGACCUGGCGGUGGGCGCCUACGGCAGCGGCCACGUGGUGCUGCUGCGCGCCAGCCCCGUCAUCGAGUUCGUGAGCUCGCUGACCUCCAGUCCCGAGCGGCUGGACAUGACGCGUGACCGGUUCCAGGUGCGCGCCUGCCUGGCCUUCGGCGGCGAGGCUGUGGACUCGGUCACAGUCGACGUCGCGCUCCGUAUCGAGUCUUUCCACGCACAGGGCGUCUUCAGCGUCGACGGCAGCCAGCAGCGGGAGGCAAACUUCACGCUGGAGAUCAGCCGCGACGAGCCCUCCUGCCGCGUGCUGGACGUGGCGCUGCUCGCGUCCAAGCGGAUCGACUACACCAAGCCGAUGCAGAUCAACAUGCGGUACGCGGUGGCCGGCUCGGGCGCCGAGGAGGUGCGCCGCACGUUCGUUGACACGGACACGGAGAAACGUCUGGUUGAUUACGAGUUCAGCACCCGGCGACGGCGGCAGAUCGAGUUCCCGCAGGCGCCGCCACGCGCUGACUCCUUCUGCCCGCUCUGCCCCGUGCCGAACGUGAACCUGCCGAACCAGCGGGUGACCACGCUGAGCGUGCCGUUCUCGGUGGGCUGCGGCGCGGACGCCACCUGCCAGACGGACCUGCGCCUCUCGCACCGCUUCCUCGGCCUGUCCGGCGGCGCGUACGUGGUCGGCAGCACGGGGCGUCACGCUCAUCUUGUAACGUACUGCCGCACCCCGUUCUUCGACAACUCCGAGUACCGGCUGCCGCUGGUGUUCGACAUGAAGGCGGUGACUGGCCGCGCUGGUCGCCUCACCUUCAACGUAUCGGUGGAGUCGGCAGGCGAGGAGCUGACGCCCGCCGACAACGUGGCCAACAUCUCACUGCCUCUGGUCAGCCAGGCCGACCUGGAGAUCCGCGGCCGCGCACGCGAACCUUCGCUCGUCUUCGAGAACGCGCCUGUGGAGGACGAGGAGGACGGAGGCGCGAAGUUUGAGUUCGUCCAGCAUACGUACCAGGUGCUGAAGUACCUGCCGACACCGGUGCCGGCGGUCAACAUCUCGUUCCUGGUGCCGGUGGACGUGCUGGCAGCGGACGGCACGGUGGUGAACAUCGCCCGAGUCUACCCGCCGGCGGCGUUCGUCGAUAGCCAGCCGCUGACUUGCGUUGUCGAGGACGACGCGUACCUGUUCCGCCUGCUGCUCACCUCCAGCGGAAGGGUGCGCAUGCUGGGCGACUCGCUGAUCCCAGCCGAGCUGAACCAGCGGCCGGACGAGGCGCGCGUCACCACUGAGCUGCUCGCCGCCACACUCACCCCCGAAGAGGUGCCCACCUGGAUUGUGGUGGUGGCCGUGCUGGGGGCGCUGCUGCUACUGGCGCUCAUCACGCAGGGCCUGCACCUGGCAGGCUUCUUCCGGCGCACGCGGCGCGAGCAGCUGGAGCAACAGCAGGAGCAGCAACAGGAGCAAGAGGUGAAGGAGAACUUUGGCCACAUGUUCAUCCUUCUGAUCGAAAUUCUGGCCACGCCACUGAUGAUGAGCACGCAGUGA